AUGUCUUGAUAAUUUCCAAAAAAAAAACUUCCGAUGCAUUUUUAAGGGUAAUUUACAGUACGCCCGAAUAACAUUUAAUUUAAUUUUACAACACAUUUACUCAUUUAUAGGAAGCUGUUUUAGCACCUCCUCCCACUUUCUCUUACUAUGAUGGUCCGAGCGAGGAGAGCUCUCUGCAUAGAGGAAAUACAACUAUUUAUAUUUUUACCGGAUUUCUGACUUGGUAUGAAUUUCAGAGCAGGAUCUAUAUACUGCAGAGUUGGUUACACAGACUGUAAAUGGUUUAUGGCAGUGUAUUUGAAUGUCCAGGAGGACCACCAGAGGACUUCUCUCUGAGCAAAGUUCUUUGAAGAGUUCUUGGGAUAAGCAGUUAAGCCACCAUGUCACUCACAGAUCAUCGUAAGAUUUUUGUUGAACAGCAAAUGUCACACAAAUUCAAAGUGAAGGUGUUGAGAGCUGAAAAUGUAACAAAAGGACCUUUCGGAGACCUGUUGGACACUCCAGAUCCAUAUGUGGAGCUGUUCAUCCCCACUUCUCCUGAGAGCAGGAAGAAAACAAAACAUAUCGACAAUGACAUCAAUCCAGAGUGGAAUGAGACCUUUGAAUUCAUCCUGGACCCCAACCAAGAAAAUGUGCUGGAGCUGACAUUAAUGGAUGCCAACUAUGUUGUGGAUGAAACAUUGGGUAUAGCCUCAUAUGCCAUCUCUAAACUCAAAGUUGGACAAACAGAAGUGGUAUCAUUCCUUAUUGGAAAAAUGACAAAUGUGUACUGUCAGCUUUCUUUGGAGGAGUGCUCAGCAAUGGACCUUCGAUUUAGUCUGGAUCUGUGCCAUAAAGAAAAACUGUACAGACAACAACGGUGUGACAGAGUCAUGCUGAGUAUCAAGAAACUGCUACACAUGGAGAAACCUUCCAUCCUCCCUUCUUCUGCCCAUGAGGUUCCAGUUAUAGCUGUACUUGGGUCUGGAGGAGGUUUCAGGGCGAUGGUUGGAUUCUCAGGGGUUAUGAAGGCUUUGUACGAUUCUGGAGUUCUGGACUGUGUCACCUAUGUUGCUGGACUUUCUGGAUCCACUUGGUACAUGUCCACAUUGUACUCCCACCCAGAAUUCCCCACCAAAGGGCCGGAGCAGAUCAACAGUGAGCUGAUGAAUCGUGUCAACAAUAAUCCUCUCAAACUGCUUCUUCCCCAACACAUCACUAACUACGUACAUGCUUUGUGGAGCAAGAAGUCCACAGGACAGCCUGUUACCUUCACAGAUAUCUUCGGGAUGUUGAUCGGAGAGACGCUUAUUCCUGCUAGGAUGGAAAAGAAGUUGAGUGAUUUUCAGGAGAAGAUCAAUGAAGGCCAGGCUCCUUUGCCCUUGUUCACAUGCCUGCAUGUUAAACCAGAUGUGUCUGAGCUUAAGUUUGCAGAUUGGGUGGAGUUCAGUCCGUAUGAGAUCGGAAUGGCUAAAUAUGGCACCUUCAUGACACCUGACCUGUUUGGAAGCAAGUUUUUUAGAGGACAUGUGGUCAAGAAGCACAACGAGAACCCUCUUCACUUCCUUAUGGGUGUGUGGGGCAGCGCCUUUUCCAUUCUCUUCAAUAGAGUUCUGGGAAUGAAUGAUGUGACAAAAGGAUGCACCAUGGAGGAAGAACUAGAACACAUCAGACCAGAACACAUUUUAGGGGAGGACAGUCUAGACAGUGAUGAGGACCCACGUAAAGAUGAAGAGCAGCAGGCCAGCUGGAUGCAGCGUAUGGUGAGCUCUUUCUUCAGUGACUCUGUUCUUUUUAAAACCCGAGAAGGAAGAGCGGGGAAAGUUCACAACUUUAUGCUGGGCUUAAACCUCAACAACGACGUGCCAUUUUCCCCAUUCACCAGUACUUUUAGCUAUAUGGACGAUGAGGUUGACGCUGUCACAGACCCCUUUGAGUUUGAUCGCAUCUACGAGCCGUUAGACGUGAAGAGCAGAAAAAUCCAUGUGGUGGACAGUGGCUUGACCUUUAACCUCCCUUUUCCCUUGAUCUUGAGACCUCAAAGGGGCAUCGACCUCAUCAUUUCCUUUGACUUCUCUGCUCGGCCAAGUGACUCUAGUCCUCCAUUUAAGGAACUCCUGCUGGCCGAGAAAUGGGCACGAAUGAAUAAUCUACCGUUUCCUAAGAUCGACCCUAAGGUGUUUGAUCGGGAAGGUCUAAAAGAGUGUUACGUCUUCAAACCCAACAAAGGAGAAAGGAACUGCCCUACUGUCAUCCAUUUUGUCCUGGUCAAUAUCGACUUUAGGACGUUCAAAGCUCCAGGAGUUCCACGUGAGACGGACAAAGAGAGAGAAUUAGCAGAUUUUGAUAUUUUUGAUGAUCCAGAGUCGCCCUACUCCACUUUCAACUUCCAAUAUUCAAACCAAGCCUUCACCCAACUGCAUGAUCUUAUGGAAUUCAACACGCUUAACAAUAUUGAGGUCAUCAAAGAAGCAAUAAAGGACAGUAUCUUGUACAGGAAGGAAAUUUCUUCUCGUUGCUCUGUCGCGCUUCCCCUCAGUAAAGUUCAAAACAAAAAACAUCAAAAGAGGGACUCCACGGGACAAGCGUGCCAGUACGGGGGUGGAAUAUGAUGCUGUUCCAGCUACAGGAAGUUUACACUCAUCAUGGAAAACACUUUUUAACUAAAAAUACCAGAAGAUCUGGUUUGGUCUUAAGGAGAGUCGCAUUGUAGCUCUUUUGAAGAUGACGAAUGCUCUAUUUACUUGUUUGCUGACAAAAAGGCUUAAGAUUUCACAGUCUAAUUGUUCUCAGUGAGUUGUGAGGUUGUUGAAGUAACUCUAUAGGGUGUGUAAAGUGCCUAAAAUUCAGAGUAGAUCAUUUGUUAUGUUCAAAACAUACAGUAAUGUGCAAAAGUCUUAGGCCACCACCACCAGACUUGUUUUUUUAGAAGUUUUAAUGUCCAUCUAUAUUUAUUUUUCAAUCUAUUUUAUAAAGAAACUAUACAGGAAAUAACAAAGAAAUGAAACAUUUAAUUUUCAGGACUAAUGUCUUCUUUAGGCAUCGUCUGUGAUUAGUGUGACCUCACUUGACACUAAACACAUCUUGAGCGUUUUUGAGCAGAAUGAAGUAAAAAGACUAAUUUAUUUUAAAUUAGAAAUUAGGAUUUUAUUUUAUUUAGGUUUAAGAGAUCCUGCAGUUUCCUGCUAUUGCUCAGGUGGAAGGGGAGUUUACCCUAAAAACUUGACAUAUCAGUUUACAUUUUUAUACAGUUUUUAAUACUAUAUAAUACACAGUUUUUUCUGGAUGUAUUCUAUUAAAGAGACUUAUAUAUAUUAUAUAUGAUUACUAUAACAUUGCAAAAACAACUAAUCUAAUUCUGGCAUGGUGGCCUAAGACUUUUGCACAGUACUGUACAUUAAAUGUUUUUAAGUUGCAUAUACACUGUAUGGUCUAGUUUGUUUCUUUUCUUCUUAAAGACUUCUUAAAAAAAUUAUUCUCCAUUAUAGUAAUUUUAACAAUCUUGAGAAUGUUAUCGAAAGCACCGUUGGGCUUUUGGUGUGUUUGUUAAUGGCAACUACAAAAACAACAUUGUAGGUAUCCCCUGGUCCCCAUCAAACAUUUGAUUGAAGCUUACGAAAUAAGGGAGUGGCUCAACAAAAUGACAACAUCCUGAGGGAUAAAACACGAGAUGAAACCUUGGCAACCCCAAACUCUAACACACGCUUCUCACAUUUGAACAGGUGCCCCCCGCACACACUUCUGUUACGCUUUAGUUAUUUCUCACUGAGUCAUAAAUACUUUUUUUUAUCACUAUUUUCUAUAUUUGUAGGGGUGCAAAUAAAUAUUAGCCAAGUAAUCCUAAAGCAGCUUUUUGAAGGCGGAAUAAAAUGAAUCUUUUCUUCCAGGUUUAUAUAUCUGAUUUGAAUGCCUUUUAUUUGGGAUCCUGCUAAGCACAACUGACUUUCAACAUUUCUGUUUGCCUCACAAUUUUUGUGUGUGUAUAAACUAACAAAAUGUUAAGAUAAUGAAUCCUGUUAGGAUCAGAUUUUUAAAUGAUGUGAUUAUCUUGGGAUUUUGUAUGCAAUUUUGUGUAAUUUGUGUUUCGUAUUUAGAAUUAAAUAUUUAUUACUACACAGUGUAACCACUAUGUUAAUAAAGUAUUACAUUUUAUUUAAAUUCAGCAUUUGUAAGAAAUGUUUACACAUCUUAGUUGAUGUUUGAGAAAUAAAUCAGACUUAAACUGAGCUAAAUAUAUCAAA